AGUACUAUUACAUUUCAAAACCUAUUAUAUGCAGUUUUAAAUUGGAGUUAAUUCAUAUGAUUAACAGUAUAUAUACAUCUCCUUAUAAGAGGAUACUCAACAAAGAUAGAUAUUUGAUUGUUCAAAGAUGAUGUAUUUUGUAAAACUGUUGGUUUUGAUGUUAGCAUGUUUUGCUCAAGCAGUACCUCCACCCCUUCCUUCACAAAUAUGUACAGAUAGAAUUGGAGAAUUAGUACAAGAAUUCGCUUCACAGGAGACAAUACCAGAUAUUGAAAGUUAUGUACAGACUAAUAGCUUGACAGGGGAGUAUCAUUUCAAUAAAAGUAUGGUAGAUGAUUAUUGUAGCUUGUUUCGCAAGGUGGUUCCAUUUUACGAAAACAACAUUGCAGGUUUGCGCAUUUUGUGUAACACUCAUCAGCUAAGACAUUAUUUAGAGAUAAUGUCGCAUAUAAAGAACAUUGCCAUGUCAUUGUGUGAUGACGAGAAAAUGAAAGAUCUAAAAGCCCUUCUGACAUGUGUUAGUAACAAUCAUAUAGCACAGCAUGGAUUCGUUGGUUGUCUUCAUGGUACGGUACGUGGUUUGAGUUUGAGUAAACCCGAUUCGCUCAUUUGUACAGAAGACGAUCACCAAUACCAAUCUUGGUUCACAUCUGUAGCCACCAGUUUUAAGUCAUGUUUUUGUCAGUUUGAUUCGUGCGCGCCAGAAAGUACAAAGUCAAUUACAGAAAUGAUCACAAGUCAUCAAGUUGACGCUUGUGAAAUUGUUAAAUUUGCGGUAGGGGGAGAGUAGCGUACCACAACAUCUGAUUUUAAUCAGAUUUUCUCCAGUCGAUAAUAUAAAAUAACAAAAUUCUGAAUAAAUAAAGUUAAAAGAGAAA